UGCGAACAAAAGCGAGUCAGAACCCCCACUGUGUUUCGAGAAGUGCAGGGGACGUGGAAUAACAUAUAAAUUGAAGAUGCCUUCUUUCUCUACUUCCUGUUUUUCUUCACGUUCACUCUCGCCAUCAUGAUGAAAGCCGUGCAGGUCCAAGAGUUCAACGCUCCCUACCAUGUCUCGGAGGUGCCCAAACCAGUACCCCAGCCUCACCAGGUGCUUGUCCGCAUCAAGGCCGGUGGGUUCUGCCAUACGGACCUCAUGGCGUUGAACCACGAGUUCAAGGACACGAGGCUGCCGUUUAUUGCGUCUCAUGAGCCUGCGGGGAUCAUCGAGGCAGUGGGCGAUCAAGUCACGGAGUUCAAGGUCGGGGACCGAGUGGGCACAAUCAACAUGGAUACGUCGUGUGGAAAAUGUCCUGAUUGCAAGGCUGGGAUACCUGUUUACUGCGAAGGUAAUCUAAUGAAAGGGAUUACUGCCGACGGGGCCUGGGCAGAAUACAUGGUUUCGGAUGCCCGGUUUACGGUCAAGCUUCCUGAUGAGAUGGACUUCAAGACUGCCGCCCCCCUGAUGUGUGCCGGAAUCACCAUUUACCGGGGCAUUGUGCAGGCCAGGGUGCCCAAGGGAGGCUCCAUUGGUAUUGUUGGAAUCGGGGGGUUGGGACAUAUCGGUACGCAGGUUGCCAAAUGCAUGGGCUAUAAAGUCGCAGCUGUGGACGUGAAGCAGUCAGCAUUAGACACAGUCAAUGCAUAUGAGUACCGCCCAGAUGUCUGUCUUCUGGCCACCGACCCCGUGGAGAAAUCCCUGGAGCAGAUCGCAACCACCAUCGGAGGCGAGUACCCUGGUUUGGACGCGACGAUCCUGGCGACAGACCACCCGGCCGCGCUGAAGCUGUCGAUCGAUCUGACCCGCAAGCACGGCACGCUCGUCCUGCUGGGCCAGCCUGAGGCGGGAUUCCAGAUCCCCUUCCACACGUUUGUCUUCAAAGACCUCACCUUGAUCGGCUCCUUGAUUGCAGACAUAGAUCAGGCAAAGGAGCUGCUCGACAUGUUCACCAAGUACAAGCUGCAGGUUGCCGUCAAGGAGUGGAAGCUCGAAGAGGCUGAGCAGCUGCGCCAGGAGUAUCUGGCGGGCGGGUCCAUCGGCAAGAAUGUCAUUGUUUUUGACUAGCCGGGGAGCGCAGAUAUAUAUGGAGAAAUAUGUUGCAACUGAAUGAGAUGUAUCCAAGCCUCCUGUUUCAUGUAAAAGUUAGUGGAUGCCUUGAUGCCUUGACGCCUAAGGCUUAUAUCAUGCCCGAGGAAGCCUCCUCGAUGAUACAAGGCGAGAAAGCAAAGUCAAGUCAAGAGCGUUUUCUCUACUCUCCUCUCAUGAUAAUGAAAGGUCAGUUCAUUAAGGACUCAGGUGGAGAUGACGUCUUGUUCGAGAAGCCGAGAUGCGAUCUGGGCGGGUUCGGUUUCAUCCUGGUUUCAAGGACUUUAGGUGGUUUUAUGCUUAUUGCUGUAUACCCUGUUUGAAGUAUAUGAUGACUAGUUAACUAACCUCAAUAAAAGUAC